CUAUAACAUCAGCACAUUGCGUCAGGGAGUCCGCAGUACUUAUCAUGACGACUCUCACGAAUGGUGGUUACAGCUCCUUCGCAUAAAACCUCGUCCGUCUUGGCCUGGAUUAAGGCUCCAAACGCUAUAGAGGAGCAGUCAGGAAUCCCCAUUUAACAUUCCCCCUCGCCGUCUUCAAGUCUGUACGCUUCCAGCUCAAAGGGAUCUGUGCCUCAUGCUCGCCUUCACCCUCCCCAUCGAGCUCUAUGAGCAUGCUAUCGACUCAUUGGGCGACGAAGCAUCUCUGAAAGCGACGUCCCUAGUCUGCAGAGCAUGGUUACCCAGAAGUCGACUGAACCUUUUCCGCGUCAUCGAGUUAUCUCUAGCCGGGGACCUCGAUCGUCUGGCAGGCUUACUUUCCCAUGCACCGCACCUUGCCGCAUACGUGGAAGAGAUCGACAUCUCGGAGAACUCGUUCCUCGGAGUCCUUCGGCCCGCGCAGACGAUCGCUGCACGCCUUCCUGUUGUGCUCAGUGCGCAUUCACUCGUCCAGCCACGCCUUCUGACCAUUCAUGAUCAAGCAUGGUUGCCAACGCGCUACGAUCCCGACUACCUUUUCUCUCUAUCGCGACUCUCGUCCGUCACCUCUCUGGACUUAUUCGAUGUCAUAUUUACCACCCUCGCAGACUUUUCCAUCGUCCUCCGCGCGCUCAGCCACCUCACGUCCCUCUCCGUGAAACACCUAGACUGUCACCGGCAGAUGGAUCCCGAGACCGCGAGUGACAUAGGCUGUAUCUUGCCUUCCCUCACGUCUCUCCGAGCCAGCUCCUAUCAUCCUACCACUGUCGUGGACUGGCUUUUCCGGCACGUCUCUAUGCCGUCUCUUCGCAGCCUGGAGUGCGAAUACGAAUUCUCUCAUCCCGAUAAUCGCCAGGCCCUCGGCGAACUUUGGGAGAACGCCGGGGAGACGCUUGAAGACAUUUCGAUCAACAUAACAAAGAGGUCGGCUAGCGCGCGCCGCCUCCCCUUUGAGGUCAUCGAGUUGCAGAUCGAUCUCUCACCGUGUCGCAUUCUCCGCACCCUGCGAUUCGACUGCCGCCAUGAGCGCGGCGCAGUCCCCGACUGGACGUGGCUCAUCUGGCUGUUGUCACAUCUCACAUGCCGUACCCUGCGCACCAUCGCGUUCGCUUUCGAGUCUAGCUCGCACGCCCUCGCAUCCAUGCACACCUUCGCCGAGGAGCUCGAUCGGGUGCUCACGUCCGCGUUGUUCUCGGAUGGGUUGGAUUCUGUCGUCUUCGACUUCGACUACUCUGACGCGGCGGAUCCGGAUGACAAUCGCUUCUUUGAGAUGUUUCCGGCCCUCUGCGAUAGUCGCUUGCUCCAAGUGUACAAUUUGGAUCAGGUACCUUAGAACACCCACUGAGGCCACUCGCCAAACCAGAGUGGUCAUGGUCCAGUAGUGCAGUUGUUCGGCCCUUCCUGCCUGAUAAUACACAAACUAAUAC